UCAUUUGAUAAGAGAAAGUUUUAAGUUUCUAGUUUUAUGUCUUUAUAAUUCCGAAUUCCGGCACAGAAAGUGCUUCAACUCUCUAUAAACAUUUUCUGAAUGAUUUCCCUAAUUUGUUGAUAAAAACUGGUACAAAAAUUAUUGAUGACAAUCUGUAUGAAUGAUAUUUUAAGGCUGAAGAUUUAUUUGUCUUCUAAACCAAAUUUGCGGGACUCAAUUUAAAUCUACUAGAUUAUGAAAUAAUCGAAACUGAGAUUACCAAAAAAUACCUUGCAGUCUGAUGGGGAAAAUUAUUGCUAACAUUCACAACAGCCUCGAAACACUAAAGUUAUUUUGGUCAUCGUUCUUGGAAAAUGGAAGUGUUGCGUUUGACCGUUGGUCAGAACAAACUAACCAAAUUGCUCUGGAAGUGUGGAAUUUAGAAGCCAUUCAAAAUGCUCAUACGAACGUGCACCUAGUUUGGGAACAAAUAUUAGAAUCAUGGUUACAAACCAAAUGUACUAUGCAACAAUAUGACUUAAAUUUUAUUAUUGAUACCUUGCAGUCAAAAAUUAUAUGCUUAACUGGUUAUAACUUGAAUCGUACUCACAUAUAUAUUGGCUGUGCUGGACUGUUUGUGGGAAGUGGUGUUGGGUUUUUGAUUGGUAUAAAUGUAAAACCAUCAGCAAUAACAGUGACUCAUAUGAAAGCUGCAUCGGCAACCAGUUACAAUGGCAUUGAAGGUAUAACUUUGUUAGAAGAUGUUGUAACACCAGAAAUAAUUAAACCCAAUCAAGUAAUGAUUAUGGUCAGAGCAGCUGCAAUAGAUCCACUAGACGUCCUGGUUGCUUCUGGGUAUGGAUCAUUUUUGCGCAAGUUUUUGAUCAAACAAACAUUACAUAAAUCAUUAUACCGAGAGUUUCCACUAGUAUUGGGUCGUGACUGCUCUGGGGUUGUCAUUGAUAUAGGGUCAGAGGUGAGGCGUGACCUUAAUAUCAACGAUGAAGUAUGGGUAUCUCUUCCCCCAUGGGCCCCCUGUGGAACACUGUGUGAAACUAUAGUUGUACCAGACAAGUAUGUUGUUCACAAACCUCGCAAAUUACCUCAUGAACAAGCUGCUACACUUCCAUACUCUGGCUCUAUGUCUUGGCUGGCUGUAUUUCAAACGGCUAGUUUGAAUCCUCUAAAUGCUGUAGAUAAAAAAGUUCUUGUAUAUUGUGGUGAUUCCGGUACAGGAUCAAUAAUUGUUCAAUUAUGUCGUUACUUAAAAACAGAUGUUACAGUAGUUUGUUCUAAUCGUGCAUCUAAUUUUAUGAAAUACCUUGGUGCUACCGACACAUACGAAGACGGUACUGUAAGUAUAGACCAGUUAUUGAGCAACACACCAUCAGGUUUUGAUUAUGUGUUCAACACUGCCGGAGAACAAAAAAAUAGUUUAUGCAAACAAUUAUGUAACAUAAGUGGCAUGGUCAUUUCAGUUGGACCACAUAGAUUGCCAUCAGAUUCAUAUGGUUUCAUCCGUCAAUUUUUCUAUGCAUUGUGGUUAAAAAUGACCCAUGUAUUUAAGAAAAAUAAAGAUUGGGACUUUUAUGAAUUUGACUCUAAAAGAAUAUUGAAUGAACUAACCAGCUUGGCAAACGACCAUGUUCUUCGGCCAGUUUUAGAUAAAACAUUCAUGGAACAUGAGUUAGACCGAGCAUUCAGAUACAUUGAUAGUGGAGAGACUGUAGGAAAAGUAGUAAUUAAAUUCAGCACUUUGACCGGUCCAGCAGUCACGAUGCCUAGACCUUCAGGAAUUUUAUUUUAGAAUAUUAAUUUUAGUUAUAAUUUAAGUCUUGAAAAUCUUUAAAAAUACCAAUUUUUAUUUUUAAAAUCACGCAAAUUAAAUAAAUUAUUGUAUUUGUAAUAAAAUAAAAUAUUGGAAAGUAA